AGAGAGAGAACACCGUAAUAUGCGCUGCCACAGAAACGGAACGUUCGAAACGGAGCAAAAGCGAAGCAGCGCCUCCUCUAUAAAAUCCACCUCCCCAAAUUCCCCGAACCCUCGAUCCCCAACCCUAAGAGAGAGAGAGAGAGAGAGAGAGAGGGAGGGAGAGGAGCAAUGGGAGGGUGCGCGACGAAGCCGAGGGACCUCGCGGGGGCGGAGGGGGAGGCGCCGCGGCCGGAGGAGAAGCCCUCGCCGGCGCCGGGGCCGGGGCCGGAGGAGGAGGGGGAGAAGAAAACGGGGAAGGAGGAGGAGGAGGAGUCGACUGGAGCCGAGGCGACGGAGGAGAAUCGCCGUAGAUCGCUCGGGAUCUUGUUCAAGGAGAAUGAAGAAGAGAGCACUGCACCCGUGGAAACCGAAAAGAACGUUAUAGAGGAAUCCGUAACACCCCCGCAAGUUGAAACAAAAGAAGCGGUGGAACCUAAAACCGAAGAACAAGCCGUAGAAGAACCCAAACCAGAAGCCGAGGCGGCUGACGCAGCGAAAUCCGUGCAAGAAGUAUCCGAAGCCGCGGUAAAAGAAGAGCAGCAGCUUCUGGGUUCUGAUCAAUCAGCAGCAGCAGCUGCUCACACUGUUAAGGAAGAAGCAGAAGCUGCUGCCCCAGAAAAGGAGGCUGAUGCUUAAUAGUCCUCCUUUUGUUCAGAAUCCCACUGGUUGAGAAAUUUAUUAGGGGUUUGGGAUUGAAAUAUCGGAGUUGAUAUUGUCAGAAUACUUUUUUGGCAUUCGCGGAACAAGAAGAUCAAAAGUUUUUCUCGAUAAUAUGUAUCUGUUCUGUGAAUACUAAGAGAGUUCUGGCAAUAUCAAUUCCCGCGAAAAUGAUACGGCGAAUGAAUCGAAGUGAACUUACUAUUCUCUUCUUGCUAAGUUUUGAGUGGACGUAAUUGUGAACAAUGAUAUUGCCGUAUUUGUACGUUAUUCGUUGUAUUUUUUUUUUUACAUAUUUUUUAGUGUAUUAUGUGUUGUAUUUUAACUUAUUCAGUUUGAUGAAUGUGAAAUUAUGGCUUAUUUAUUCUCCAAAAAUCUAUUCGUGCA